UGUUGGGCUAAAUGGCAGAAGAAGAGUUUCCUGAAAAGUUAGUAACAGAGAGAAUAGCAAAAAUACAUGAACUAUUGGAAAGGUGCAGUACCUUAAAGAAAACAAUAGAAGGUUUGACGAAGCUAAAGAAGAAGUUAUUAGCAGAGUUAAAAUUCUUAACAUCCUUAAAAGGCUCUGAGCUGACUUUGAAGCACCCGCACAUCAAAAGCACCAAUCUUUCAUUCCUUGAAGCUGUGUUAGAGACUGUGGAAAGUGAAAGCAAUGUUACUGCUGUAUUCAAGCCAUUUUCUUAUGUGGAAAAAAGCUCAACACAGUCAAAUUGUACUGUGGAUAUUGUUGGCAAUAGUGGCUGUUGUUGGAUUAAGGUCACUGCAAGAAAUGCCUCUGCAUUGCACAGGACAUGGCAAGGGCAAGGAAACUUUGGCGAAAAAGACAUUUUCCAACAAGCAAAGGAAUUAUUAGAAGCAAGCAACCAACACCCUGUGAAUUAUUCACCUCCAGUUGUUAUAAUUUUAUGUUGCCAGGGCAUCACAGAAUCUCUGGCAAAAGCCUUUAGAUGCAUGGGUAUUUGUGUCAAAGGAAAACUUUUACCUGACCCUGAGAAAGAUGCUUUGGCCUGUACAUGUGUUGAUGACACAUUCACAGAUAACAGGAUUCCUGUUGAAUUUUAUGAAUGUGCUUCUAUUAAUCUUGACGUCACCACUAUGAUUGCUUAUGUAUCUGCUUUAACCAAUGGAAGCUGUGGAUUUAUCUUCAAGGAGGCCAUUUUGACCACACAAGCAAGAGAAGAGCAGCAUAAUCCAGUGCUUCCAAAGUUGAAGGCCUUCUUUAAAGGGAAAAAGUUAUUCGCAUGUCAGUCAGCAGUAAGAGACUUCGACGCCAUUUUACAAACAAUUGGUGGUCGUAAAGAACAGGAGCGGGCCAGGGCUCUCCUUGGAAAUGUUACAGUUGUUGAAGAUAAUCCUUCAGAGAGGUCCCUUAGAGUGCGAACAAGUGGAAGUAUCAAGGAACGAUCAAAGAUUAUCUUUGGUACUGGAGACUCGUUGAAAGCCAUAACUUGCACAGCAAAUGCGGCCUUCACAAGAGCAGCAGCUACUCAGGGAGUCGAAUUCACUGUUUUCAUACACGAGUCACGCGCUCUAACUGAAGUGAAGGAAUGUCAGGCCACAAUGGUUUAUCCUGAACGCGAUGUUACGUGAGGAACAGCACUCGAGGAAGCCUGCAUGCUUUGAAACCAUGGAGCAUUGCGAACUUGCAUGAUUAUGCCUGUCUUUUGGGUUCAAUAUUGGCAGAAGGAAAAGUUGCAGUUCCCGUUUCUUCUUUACAAUUCGAGAAAUUGCUUGUAAUGCAUGAUAAAGUGAUGACAUAGUAAAUCGCCUCUUGCCGCUCGAUUGCUUAAGACCGAAGGGUCGUGAAGUGUGAAGGACUUCAUGUUCCGUUACCUCGUCAGACUCUAAGUAGGUCAACUGGUUACUCGUCACCAUGCAUAUUUUUUUUUUUUACAGUAUUUGAUCAUGCUUGGGGCAUUUCAGAUGAUUAUUGAUAUAUUUAAUUAUGACUUGAUUAUUGAUUAUAUUUGGUUAUGCUCAGAGCAUUUCAGAUGAUGCUCCAGAUGAAAGCACAUCAUCUGUGCUUAGUACUCGUGCUGAGAUUUAAGGAAAAAACAAAACAGUUUUCCUUUGACCCUUGUUCGUCAAUUCUAAUGAAGUCACUUCAGUUUGACUAAAAUAAAAAUCUUUUAUAUGCA